AUGAGUCUUAAGGCUCUGAGCCAUGGGAACGUGAGAAGUAUUUUGGAAAGAAGCCUCAUAAGUUUUUGCCAAUUGAUAUGGUUUAUCCGUUGUAGUUUGCACAUCGAGUAUUCUCUUUCGUUUGGUCGUUUAUCGGGGAACUUCGUUAAAGAUCUUUGUAGUCAAGAGAUUUACAAGUGGGUACAAUUCUCGGUUCUAUUAGAACUCUUCUCGACAUGGGAAUAUUACUGCAGUUUUUUUAGAAGCUUAAGACAGGCCAGAAACCAAGGCUAUACCCGGUUUGUGUUGGACAGUGCAGAUGAAGAAGAAGGCAAGGAGGAGAACGACAAUCCAAUAGAAGAAGUCCGGUUAACCGUACCAAUAACCAACAAUCCGACUGAGCCGAUCUUGACGUUNCGUACAUGGUUGUUAGGAAUGCGUGCGUUUGUGAACCAAUUCUUCGGUUACCGGUCCAACCAGCUCAUGGUAUCUUCAGUCGUAGCUCAAAUCGUCAAUCUCCCUCUAGGUAAGCUCAUGGCCACGACUCUACCGACGAGGAAAAUCCAGUUACCCGGUACGAAUUAG